AUGUGCGUACAGUGCGAGCGCGAAUGGGCCAAUAUGAUAUCUCACGGCAACUACCAGGCUCAAACAUGCAAGGCGCUUGUCGAUGGCCUGGAUGUAGAGGGGCCACUAGUUGAGAUUAAAGCCCGAAUGGUGUGCGAUCUAGCUUUCAAUUUUGAAGAGGUAACCCUUGAUGAUAUUGGGUCGAUUAUUAGCACUGACGAUGACGAACAGGGCGGUGUUCUCCUAGAUCCCUUCUACGACCUCUUGGGUGAUUCAUCCAGUCAAGUGCACAAAACUGACACCUUUGCUAGCCACGAAUCUACCGACUCGAGCUCAGCACUGUUGCAUCAGAAACGUACAGAAACAGAUGCAAGCUCUUUGGAUCUGCCACCUGCCCUUGUCGACUCUUUCAUCUCAUCGCUUUCUACCUCUGAAUACUUCAGUUCUAGUUAUGAUAGCUCUGACUAUGAGAGCUCUAGUGAGGGCAGUGAUGUUCUUGAGAUGACUCUCAGUGAGGCGAUACAGGCUAACUUUGAAGAGCACUUGACUUGGCGGUCUGCUCUUACUGAUGCGGGUAUUAUCAAGCCCCGUACUUCCAGCGACGCUGUCCCAGAGGAGAGCUGUGUCCCUGAUCUGACUGAUUCCGCGGAUGAUCUGCUGGAGUUUGAGCAUACAGAACUGCCCAAUACCUCCGAGUCUGAUGAUGAGAGUGACUUUACUUUUGUUGAUGCCACUUCUGAAAUUGCAUCCAAUGAGGAUGAAUAUGCUGGUGCCGUCAGUGAAUUGGAGGACCGUUCUCCCUAUGAGUGGAUCGUUAACCUGGAACGCAACGCAGCACGAGUUGAGGCAACGGUCGCGAAGAGAAUCGAAGAGGACUACGAAAGGUACCGCCGGCAAGCUAUCAUUUCCAGCCUUCUUGAUAAAGCACUUUUCUGGAAGGACCAGGCCGACAAGCGCGAGCAAAACGCCGAGCUAGGCAUUGAGGAGGAUCCUUACCUCUGGGAUACAGAGUCUCAACUCGCAGAGCAAAUUGCUAGUAGCAGCUUCCCCGUCCUCGGCCCUAAAACUGACCACCAUGACAAGGAAAAGAUAAGUUCCAAAGCCAAAGUCCCCCUCAUGCAUAUCUACGAUAGCCCUUUCUCUGCAGACUCCGACCAGGAAGCUGAGAAGCAGGGCCUGUUUGCCUUUGCGCCUAUCGUCAACACGAGCGGUAUGUAUGAGGGUUUUAUGGAAGGUCUCUCCGCGGCAGAUGUGCAAGAUAUGGGACUACAAUUCCCCCAGCAUGUCCGCGGCUGCUGCAAUGCAGUCCCCGCCCCAUGUCACCUAUACUACGGUGCAGUGUAUGCAGCUUCCAAGGAGGCAGUAAGGAGAAAGGGCCUUGAGGAUAUCCAGCCUGCCCCCGAGCGGCGUGGCAAGUACUAUGGUAUUAUUAAGGCAAAUUCUAAGGAGGAAGCUGCCAAGCUGGACCUAAUAAAUCCCCAGCAUCCUCGCGGCUGCUGUAUCGAUGCAUUUCACUCUGUCCCACCCCGUGUUCCUCAUGUCUACUACGGCACGAUGAGCGCAGCUUCCACAGAGGAAGCUGUGAGUACGGGUAUGUAUGGAUCUCGGCCAAUACCCGACAAAGAUGGCGAAUCUUAUGGGUUUGUUGAGACGUAUUCUUUGGAGGAGGCCGAGGGAAUGGGGCCUAAGAAUAUUCAGCAUGCACAGGAGUGCUGUAGUCUGGCUCAGCUUCCUCUUCUGGAGAGGAUCCAGCACUUGUACUACGGGUAUAUGUUUGGGCCUUCUGAGGAGGCGGUUAUGCAGAAAGGACUGAAGGAUCCGCUUCUUCUUCCUGGAUUUUCUGAUAAGUUUUCUGGGGUUGUUUUUGCGUUUUCAGCGGAUGAGGCUAGGCAGACGGGCAUGUUUGAGCCGUUACGGGUUAUGUGGGAUUCUGAUGUUGCUUUGACGCCGGAUUUUGAGGAGUGA